AUGGCGCUUUUGAAGUGCCUCAAAUGGCUCUCAGGGUCAGAGUCCCCCUUGAAUGGAGUGAUGGAUGGCGUUGUAAACCGCUUCGGCGGCGGAGCUCGUUCCACCUCGUCGGUAAAGGGCGAGCAGUCAACUCGAUCAAUUUCCUUGCACAGGGCCUCCUCCGUGCUUCCUUUGAGUCAGAGACCUCGGAGUUGGUCAUUUACUAGCUUUGCGACAUCCUCUGCUCGCAGGGUUGGAGUCUCGGGCCGACAUCUUUGGUGCCUUGAGCGCGACUGGCUAACUUCUUCCUCGGUUCCCAAGGCUUGUCGCCGCGUGUUGGUCCUCGAGCGGGCUGGUGGGCGUCGAUCGUCACCCUCUGCUCGCAAGGAAGGUCGUUCAGGUCGACGUCUUCGGUGCCUCGAGCGUGAUUGGCUAACUUUUUCUCCAGCUCCCAAGGGUCGAUCCCCUUGGUUGCCCUACCCGUGGGGCAGGAGAGAAGGUUGA